UUCUGGGGGAGAAACACUCGAACAAAUGUUUCUGUCAUAUUUUGACACAGCAUAUGGCCUCUUUAACAACAAGCAGGAUAAAAUUCUACCUUAAUGAAAGUGACUGGCCUGUGGCUAUUGACUAGUUAUGAAGACAAUCUGUGAAUAUCCAAUGGAGGGCAGUAAAUUUCAUUUUCAGCAAAGUCCCAACAAAAGAAGAAGAGAAAAACGUCAUCAACAGGGAAACAUGGCAAAUGACAAGGGUCCUCUGGGCCAGCUCAAGGACCUGGUGGAGCUGAAGGACCAGCUGGAAGACAUCCAGAGAAGGAUGGAGGAUGAGAUACAGGCUGGGGUUCCUCCAGGAGGCAGUCUGCUUGCUUCUCCUUUUCUCAAGGGUUUUCUGGCUGGGUACGUUGUUGCAAGGCUACGUUCUUCAGCAUUACUGGGUGUUGCCGUAGGAACGUGUACAGGAAUCUAUGCAGCACAAAAUUAUGCCGUUCCCAAUAUUGAAAACACCGUCAAAGACUACAUACGCAACCUGAAAGGAGGACGCAAAUGAGAAGAAUGGCAAAAAAGUGAGGAGGUGGAGAGACGUCUACAAGCACAGGGUGCCAUUACAGCUGCACACAAGAACAGCUAUUUAUUUCAAAGGUUAACAACAUUUCAAUAGUUAUUUCCACCUUCCACAAGGGUAAGUAAAUAGAAAUAUUAUAGCAAGCCCCUUUUUAUGAAGUAAGAACAGUGAUUAUUUUUGUAUUUCUUUGGAUUCAGUUGAUUAUCUGAAUUUUUCCUACACAAGUACGGAGAAAGCAUUUUGUGAUAAAUUCUGCAUGUGGAAAAGAUUACAAUUCAGGUAAUUUAAAAACAGUAGACCCCAUAUUUCUUCCAAAAAUGGUCAGUGGUUGAAAUUUAAACAACUACCCAUUAGAGAAUUAUAAUAACUGCUAUGAAUUAUUUCUGUCCUUAACCCUAUCCUGCAAUAUGUUCCUUCUGAAGAGUUAUUGAUACAUAAUGAGACCAUCCAAUAUCCUCAUGUGCAAGCCAGCUGUGUUGGCUAUUACACCUCCUUUCUUUAAAGGUCCCAUGACAUGG